AUGUGCGUUUCGCCGGACGGCGUGCACGUGCUUCUGAUCGGCAACGAGGGAUCUUUGUUCCGCGUGGAUCUGCGGAGUCGCCGCUGCGAAACGGUGCGCCAAUUGGCUUCGCCGGUGUGCGACGCCAGUUUCUACGAUCGAGAAACCUGUUAUAUCUUAACAAAGGACAGUAUGAUCUUCGAAUUCGACGUGACGACAUGCACGGUGCGGCACGUGUACCGCGAUAAGGACUUGUUUGGCGGGAUUGUGCUGUGCGUGAACGGAAAUUUCAUGGCGAUCGGGGACGCUACGGGCGUGCUGAGCGUGUAUGAAACGCCCACGGAGCGGACGACGAAGGCGGGAGCGGAGAAUUCGCGGGAAAUCGUGGCGUUGAAGGCAGUGAAGAAUUUGGUAACCGCGGUUUCGAGCGUGGCGAUCAACAACGACAACUCGCUGCUGGUGUACGCGAGCCGAGAGAAGCAGACGCAGAUCCGCGCGGUGCAUCUGGGGACGCGGAGCGUGUUCACGAACUGGCCAACGAAGCGGGAAAACUUGGGAGGCGUGACGACGGUGGCGAUGAGCGGAGACAAUCGUGGAAACGGGGAAGAGGAGUGA